AUGGAAGAGGGAAACCAAACGGGAAUUUUAGAGUUCAUCCUCCUCGGGUUCUCUGAGGAUCCAGAACUGCAGCCCUUCAUAUUUGGGCUGUUCUUGUCCAUGUUCCUGAUCACUGUGCUCGGGAACCUGCUCAUCAUCCUGGCUAUCUGCUCUGACCCCCACCUCCACACCCCCAUGUACUUCUUCCUCUCCAACCUGUCCUUGGUCGACAUCAGUUUCAGCACCACCAUAGUGCCCAAGAUGCUGGUGAGCAUCCACACAGAGAACAAAGCCAUCUCCUAUAUGGACUGCCUCACGCAGGUGUAUUUUUCCAUGUUUUUUCCUAUCCUGGACACUCUACUCCUGACCUUGAUGGCCUAUGACCGGUUCGUGGCCAUCUGCCACCCCCUGCACUACACAGUCAUCAUGAACCCACGCCUCUGUGGCCUGCUGGUUUUUGUUACCUGGUUUAUUGGUGUCAUGACAUCCCUUCUUCAUAUCUCUCUGAUGAUGCAUCUGAGCUUCUGUAGAGAUCUUGAAAUUCCGCAUUUCUUCUGUGAACUGACACAGAUUCUCAAGUUGGCCUGCUCUGAUACUUUCCUGAACAGCACGCUGAUAUACUUUAUGACUGGAGUGCUAGGUGUUUUUCCCCUUGUUGGGAUCCUUUUCUCCUACUCACGUAUUGCUUCGUCCAUAAGGAAGAUGUCUUCAGCUGGGGGAAAGCAAAAAGCAUUUUCCACCUGUGGGUCUCACCUCUCAGUCGUUUCUUUAUUUUAUGGGACAGGAGUUGGGGUCUACUUCACUUCUGCAGUGACUCACUCCCCCCAGAAAGUCUCAGUGGCCUCAGUGAUGUACACUGUGGUCACUCCCAUGCUGAACCCCUUCAUCUACAGCCUGAGGAACAAGGACGUGAAGGGGGCCCUGGGAAGGCUCCUCAAUAGAGCGGCUUCUUGUCUGUGA